GUCAAUGAAGCCAUGUAAAAGGGAAAUUGUAGAUUUUGAUGGAAUUCGAACGCAUUUCUUUCCGAAUCUGGCACUCUACACAUGUUAUAACGAAGAAUUAAUCGCUCAUCACAGCGAAAAUGCGAAUCGCUUUACCUCCUACGUAUUCGGCGCUGUAGAAGACUCCCCAACGGAACAAGAAAUUUUGGAGAUAUUGUUCCCUGAAAAUGCAAAUCCAGAAGCCAUUUCGACAGGAAUGGAUGCAUGUUUGGCUCUUGGAGAGAAUUUCCUUUCACAUUACAAAUCCUUCAAUGCACGCUUAAACCGGCAAAAUCACUCCCAUGACUUGCUCGAUGCCGUUCAGGAAUUCGAUGAAAAGAAGAUUUUAGCAAUUUCUCGAAAAUCGAGACUACGAAAAUCAGCGGAUUCAAAAAUUCUUACGAUUUUGGUGAACAUUUUGUUGAGUGAAAAUCAAGAGGAAAAGUUCAUGGAAAUUUGUGAAUUGUGCUCUCUUGAUCUGGAUUUCGAUGCAUUCGUUCUUAUCAAAAUACUUCAAUUGGAAAAUGAAGAGAAUGCAGAGGAAGUUCAGAUUAUUCGAGAAAAUGUUGUUGACCAGAUUCUGGAGCAAAAGCCAUUUCUGGCUCAUUUGCUGAAAAAUGGACCCGAGAAAAUCGAUGAAAUCACCAAACUUUUAUCAGUUCCAAUAAUUGGCAGUUCUUCCAAUCAAAUCAAUCAGCUUAUCACAAAAAUCUGUGAUUCUUCGGAAAUCAGCGAUACAGCUGUUGAAGAACAUUACCAUCAAAACUUCAAACUUAUGAACAUCCUUGUCCGUACCAUGAUUGUUGAUAGAUUCGAUUUGACAAUCGACGCUCUUGAACAAAUUCCCGUCGAAAUCAAGAAUCGAAUGUUUCCAGGAAUCCGAAUCCGCGUUUUGCAAGAUACAUUGCAUUUUCUACAUCAACUUUUCAAAGUUUUCUUAAACGAGAGUCAAAAGUUCGACAACUUGGCACCGCAAAGUUUCGCAAAGGCUAUCAAAAAUGUUUGGGUGAGACAUGCAAUUAUUGGGAUCCUCGACUCACUGAAGUUCUCACUCAACAAGGAUGUUUUUAAUCAAUUAGUGCCGUUGAUUCCUGGGAGUCAAGUUUCGAACGAUGUGAUUUCUGGAAAAGUUGAAAAUGCUAUUUCAUGCGCAAUUUGGAUCGUGAAAACAUUUGGAACCGAAGGCUCUAGAGACUCAAUCGAAAAACUUCCAUGGUUCGAUAGUUCGGUGGAAUUGACAGAAUUGAUAAAUUCCAUUGAAAUUGCUGUAACUUCAGUGGAAGUUGAAGACCAGACAGUCAACUUCAGAAAAAUCCCACAAAAAGAUUGGUUGGAUGGAAAUUUGCAGAAAGCAUUAAAAACGGAGCCAACUUCUGAAAAAUUCGGAAUUUCGAAUUCACUCAAAAUUAAGGACGAAAAUCAAAGAAAUCAGAUUCGGGGAUUCAAAGAUAAUUCCAAGGAACCAAAUGCCAAAGUUUCUGCAAGAUUUGGCUCGAAAUUCCAAAGAGUGGAUUCUAGUACCAAGAGACGUCUUUUCGGUGGAGUAGGAGUUGGAGAACCACGUAAUUGUAGAGGAUUCCUUUAAUUGAUUAUGCAUAUUUUUAAUCGUAUUUUUUUAAUUAGCAUUUUUUAGCGUAUCUUUCCUGCUUUUUUGUUAUUGUUGUUAAAUUUAAUUCACAGAUAAAGUUUCAGUUACAU